CGGACCUUAAAUGACAUGUCUGCUUUUGUCAACGCCAGCCGAGCAGCGAGUCAGACGGUCGUUUGGGUUUGCCUGUGGUGCUAACCAGCCAGCAACAACCAGCCGCCUGAAUGUAGAUCCGCAUGGGCUACUACUACUCUUUCUCUCCAAAUAACCCGGCGGAAUCAUAAGAUAAGGAUCCCAGGAUGGUCUUAGUGCAUGUCGGAUACCUGGUUCUUCCUGUAUUCGGCUCAGUAAGAAACAGAGGAUCCCAUUUCAACCGGCAACAGCAGCAACAGCAGCAGCACAGCCAUGCUACCUCUUGCCGGCACUUCCAGUUAGGUCCUCAGGCCCCGCUGCCCAUGGACUUCCCCAUGCCCCACCCAGGGCAGCCACAGUCAGGCAUUAACCCCCACCUGGCCCCACCCGGCCACCAGCAUGGCCCUCCGCUCCACCCGCCUCUCAACCCCAUGCCCGCCCCCCAAUUCCAGGACAUCCCUGCCCCUCCCUUCCUACCUCAGGCAUUACACCAGCAAUACCUCCUCCAGCAGCAGAUCCUCGAGGCCCAGCACCGACACAUCCUGCCACCCUCCAGUAGACGCACCCCAGAGAGAGUUCCUCACCAGCCCCACAGACUGCGGCCCGGCUAUGAGUUUGCGCCCCCUCUUCAUGUCCCUCCUCAGCCUGUGGUGCAGCAGCCCCGCUACCUGGCUGAGGGCACAGACUGGGAUCUAAGUGUAGAUGCUGGGCUGCCCCCCCACCAGUAUCACAUCCAUCCGCUGCCGCAGCACUAUCAGCACUACUUGACCUCUCCUAGGAUGCACCACUUCCCUAGAAACAAUGCCUCAACACAAGUGGUUGUCCACGAGAUCAGAAACUACCCAUAUCCCCAGCUGCACUUGCUGGCUCUGCAGAGUCUCAACCCCUCCCGCCACGCGUCUGCUGUUAGAGAGAGCUACGAGGAGCUCCUGCAGCUGGAGGACAGGCUGGGCAGUGUAAACCGAGGAGCGGUCCAAACCACCAUAGAGAGAUUCACUUUCCCUCAUAAGUACAAAAAGAGAAUACCCCAGGACCUGAAGAUGUGUCUGGAUGAUGAGGAGCUGGACACCGAUGAGAAGUGCACCAUCUGUCUGUCAAUGCUGGAGGAUGGCGAGGAUGUCAGGAGAUUACCCUGCAUGCACCUCUUCCACCAGGCGUGUGUGGACCAAUGGCUGGCCACCAGCAGGAAGUGCCCCAUCUGCAGAGUGGACAUUGAGACCCAACUGACCCCCGACAGUUGAUAGCUCCGGUCGACUCCCGCAGCUUCGGAUCUGGUCUUGUGAAUUCUCCAUUGCCUCCCGUCCGGGGGGGGGAAGCUCUGCCAAACACCCCUCUCUUCCCCUCUGCAUCACUCAACGAGCCUGCCUUCUGAGACAGCUGUGACAGAGGGAUCAACAAAGCACACUCACCUACAAACGCAGCGAGGGAUCGAGGGGUUGAUGCAUCGAUAUGCGGCUGGACUGAAGGUUGCUGUGAAUGGACUGUGAAAGGUAGGAGCGGAUGGACAGAUGUGCUGAGGCUUCACACACAGAUUCUGUGCACCCUGUGUACAUGUCUCCAUACCGCCAUCGAGAGAGGACACCCUGACAACCGACCUCCCCAGCUCAGUGUGGCGUAUUAAGGCCAUUUCUCCGCCACUACAUCUCUCCCCCCCUCCCCAGGCCUGUGAAAAAUCCUUUAAGCUGCACUCUGCCCAAGCCCUCAGCACAUCUGUACAGAACAUUAUCAAAUGAUUAGCAUGAGGUUGUUUGGUGUGAACUCUCGUAGCUGAACGCUUGUGGUGUAAUGGAGUAUAGUACUGAAUAAGUAUUUACAGAGUAACAGUGUUGUGUAGCAAGCAAAAGCCUUUUGAGAAAUAUGUUUGUGAAAAAUAAACCUACAGAGAGGGUGAAUACAGCUCAGAUAAAAGGGAGAAUAUUCAGCGUGUUGAUUAAUCAUGAGGAAAGAGUUAGCUGUGUUAAAAAAAGAAAAAAAAGAAAAAAAAAAGGCCAAAAAUCCCUCUUUCUUGUCUAACAUGGUUUUGGAUUUCCAGUUAGUAGAUGCCAUCAGAGUUGAUGCUAAACCCGCUAACUGCAGGCAUGGCUUCCAGUGAUCUGUGUAGUGUCGUAGUCGGGCCUCUAUUAUCUAGAGCAGAGGCCUCAGAUGUGCAUGCUGUAUGGCAGGCUUGGGCUGUGUCGUUAAUAUUGUGGAGCAGUAGAAACAGGGACUGUGUCUGUGCAUGUAAACCGUAUACUAUGACUCUGAUGAUCCCACUCAUUCAUAGAGGAGGACAAGAAUGCACCUAAUACCCCUUUUCCCCCCUCCCCACUCCAUCCGAGUAGACCAAAGUUGCGCUCAGACACCGAUCUCAGACCGAUGUAGCAUUUCUCUCCUGUUGGGAUUCAAAGAGCUGCUUGCGGAUCCGUGUCUAACCGCAACUCUUCUCUGUUGCCUCGCUCAUGGCAUGAUCACAUGCCAUGAGAGGCCGGCAUGGGCUUGAGGAUGCAGUGCCUGAGGUCUUGCCAUCCGAGUGACUAAAAAUCCGACAUUACCAGAACCUUAUUGCCUAUCAAACAAGCACAUGUGAUUUCUAUCUACAGCGAAUCGCCUCUGUCGUGCUCCUUUUCAUUUCAAUCUAAGUUGCUCCCACUGUUUGAUCAAAAAGAAGACUGUGUAUCUGGUGUUACAGGGAAAAUACAAAAACUAGUUUGCCUGUGAUAAUGUGCUAGAAUGUGUAUGAUUGUCCCCCACUCCCCCUCUUCCCCCCAUGGUAGUAGUGUAUGGUAUUGCUAGAACAACUGUGAUACGUUCAGUGAUAGAAGCCGUUUUCUCUAUAUCAUGCAUGAACCAUGUCGGCGUAGUUCACUUGAAGGAGGGUGAAAGGGAGAAAAAGCCAUCCAUUUGAAAAAUACCAAACAAUUGUUCUUAAUUUUUAUUUUCAAUUGUCUUUUUCUGCCAUUUUCUUUUUCUUCUUGUAUUUUUUUUUUUUGCUCACAUGCCAAUUUGGACAUGGUACUAAUAUGCCGAGUCCUUGUCCGUUUUAACCAUAGUGAAGAAAAAGCUGCAAUGCUGCAAAAACAUAUUUAUUGUUGUUAUAAUGUAGCUUGUGUUUUGUAAAUGCACUAUAAUAUGGAGUUGCCUGAUUUUUUUGGUUUGGUGGCGUGGGUUCUUCUUGUCCUAGAUUUUGUGUUUCGAUUCAGUUACAAGUAUUUUCAUGCUUCCUUGUGUAUUAUUGGAGGGUAACUUGACUGUUUGUGUUGCGUUUUUUUUUCUUUUUUGUAUGAAAACCUCCAUCCAAAAAACUACAGAUGGAUGAAAAUGGAGGUUUUGCUAGUUCACAUAGAAUGCUGUGAUUAAAGAUGCCUUAAGUAUUUAACAAUCAUUAUUUAUUACUAACUGUAGCUAGCUAGCUAUCGUGGUGGAAUAUUUAAUGUCUCUAUCUCAUAACUUUGCAAUUUAAUCAAUAUAUUUAUUUAAAAUAACACAAAAUAUUAAAAAAAAGAAUACCUCAUUAUGCAUUGGUCGGUGGGGAUGCUUCUGCAUGCCGUCUGUGUUUUCUUUUUCAAAGGAGAAAAAAAGAAACCUGUUGAAAAAUUGACUUGGGGGGACGUUUUCCCAACACAUUUUCUAGCCAGCAUGGUGCUGUUGAUCUGGAUUACAUUCCAUUCAUAUCACUGCUUUAUUUGACUUAUUUUCAUUUUAAAACAUCACCCCUGCUUUGAUUUAAAGCAGGCGACGGGGUACAACCCCCCUUUUUUUGUCUUAGUACGGCUUCACAAUUAGCUUGCUUUUUUGUUAUGCGCUUUGUUUCCCAUAAUCAAGUCAUAUUCAAUUUUUUGUUUUAUUUUGACCAUGCUCAUGAUAUUCCAUCAUAUCUGGAUCUCAAUUUUAGAGCUUAUUCUUAUUUUAGGACCCACAUAAUGAGCUGUAUUAUUUGUCCUUAUGUAUCGCUGGCAGUUGCUUUGUGUGGGAUAUUUGGGAAGUAUCUAACAUGCUAACUUGAGCCAUUGGUCUUAUUGAGCAAAUUUCUGGUGUACUGUGGUUAUACAAUAUAGAUAGCGUGUUUUACACCUGGGUAUAAUAAGCUAACUACGUUUUCGGUGUGCAUUUCUUAUUAAUACUCUACUAAUCCUGCAAAUUAUUACUAUAACAUGUAUUGGAUUGGAAUGAAGCUGGCUGGUCUUACUAUUAUUAUUAUUAUUAUUUCAUUUCGUGCUCUCACUGGCCUUACCCCAUGUCCUCCACAGUGUACCCCAAUACUCCAGAGCGAACUGGACAGUAGCCAUAGUAUUAACUCAAGCUGAUGAACCGGAAUGAACAGUAGAACUUAAAGCACAAGCUUUUUAAUGCAUGUCCUUCUCAGGUUUUCCUAUGUGUAUGUGGGAGUAGCUCUGUAGAUGUGUUUAAUAUGAUGCUGUACCUUCUUGAAUAUUUCAGAUGUUUCUUUGCUGCUGAAAAAAUGUUGAUUAUUAACCUGCCAGUGAAAAAGGGAAGUGGCCAUCUUUGUACAACACACUGCUGUUUUGCUGUAACCGCGCAAUGUUUUAUGAUCUUGAGUAUUUUAUAGAAAAGUAGAAGUAUGUAUCAAUAAUAUGAAAGCAAUAGCUAAAUCAUAAUGAAGAAUAACAUGAUCAGUGAAUAUUGUGGAAAAUCUUUAGAUUCACUCUGGGUGGAUUUUGUACUGUAUUUAUUACUAAUGAUGAUGCAAAAAGUUGCAUAGCUUAACCCAAACUGUUCUGUCUCUUUUUUAUUUAUUGUCUUGUAUAUGAUCUUUUUGUAUGUGUUUUUCAAAUAAACUGCCUAAAAUGCU